AUGAAGAAAUAAGAAUAAUUUUUUAAACAAAAAGUACGGAUAUUUUGAGAAGAAUUAAUUGAGAAAAAAUUUUCACAGGUUCAAAGGCAAAUGAUAUGUUUAAAUCGUGUUAGUCCGGGCCAAAUACAAGAUACUGAAACCCUGCAGCCAAACAACAGAAAAAAUUUAGUGAAAAUGUUGAAAUAAGAGUUUCGGCAUUUGCAUGAUUGCUCCCACCAGAUAGCAGAAUGACCUUUCUCUUUUGAACCCUGUCCCUUCCUUAUCACUCGAUCAGCUGUUGCCAACACAUCUCAAAGGUUCUAGCUCUCGGAAUUGAUUAGUUGAUCGGAAUCCGCCGGUCCAACGAGCAUUAUUUUGCUAACCAGAAAAGAAGAAGGAAGGAAUGAGGUCCUCGACUGAAAGAAUAAACAUAGCGGCGAGUGCGCAAAGACUCGAUGUUGAUAAUCGGAUUUCUCUCCGGUAUUACUACCGGAUUGCCGACAAUAUUCUCAAAUAGGCUGACAUCUUUCGAGCUGAGAAGAAUAUUAUAGAUCUAUACAUCAUGCUUCUAAGGUUUUCAAGUUUGGUUUCUGAAACAAUACCAUGCCAUUGUGAUUAUAGAGCAUCUCUGCAAAACCAAAAGGUUUACUUGAAAAAGAGACUACUCAAUGCCUUGGAUGAGCUAGAAGAUUUGAAGCCAGCUGUUCAACAAAAGAUCAAUGAAUUAAACAGAAGAUAUACUUAUCAAAGUAACUCAUUACAUCAAUCUGCUGUUAAAAACCAGAGUUUGUCGUAUUAUGGUGUUACAAAGGCAGUUAGAUCAGCUGCACGAGAAUUUAAUUAUUAUGGUUCAAGAACUCAGCAGUUUUCAUAUUCUAAACCAAUGGAAGAGCAAUUCAGGAGAAUGUAAGUAGUUUUCUUAAUUUUAGGGGUUUCCCAGUAAUUUUGCAUAGGGUUCAGAACUUGAAGUAAAGAGUUGGUUUUAGCUCCUCAAUAGGGUAGAAAGGUCUACAUUGAUCUUUUUAUUUUUGUCUCCUCCCCUUCUUCUGACCUACCUUCUAAUGUUUAACUUAUGGAUGCUACAAUAGACAACACUAAACAAUUACCUACUUUUCCAUAUGUGAAAUCUUGGGUUCUGUGCAACUUUAUAACCCUUCUGCUUAAUGACUUUUAUACUUUUAAUUUUCCUUACAUAUAGGAGUACUACUGGCUAUUCUAUUUGAUGCCACUGUUUACGAAAUUGACAAUAUGCCUGUUAACAAAAUGUUGAUUUAGAACAUAAGAUUUAUACGCACAUUCUCAAAUUUCAAACAAGCAUUUACCAGUUGGUGUUUCAUUGGUUGGUGAAAUAUCACUUAAUUACUGGUUGAUUCUUAUUGGUUCUAUUUGUAUCUAGCUUUACUCUUUUCAAGAUAGAAAGUUUGCUAAGUUUGUAUUUGCUAUCUAGGUCAGUAUGUGGUUCUACUUAGGUUUUAAAUAAUGUAGUAGUUCUGCUAUUCUAUAUGUAUAAGUAUGGCAUUUUUUUAUGCUGGAUGCAUCAAAAUGGAUAUUUGAAAAUGAGGAAGUUAUGAUAAUAGGAUUCUUUGAAGCCUCUGUGAAUCUAAAGAAAAUGAUGUUUGACUAAUGUUGUAAAGUGGAGGUUUAAUGGAUGAAACACUUUAACUAGAAGGUAUUAUAUUUCCCCCCUAAAUUGUGUAUAAAACAUAAUUGUCCUCAUCCAGUCCUUCAUCUUUUUAAGCAUUAACCCAAAUCUAUGUUUGUGGUAGACUUUGGAAAAAAGAAAAGAAAAAACAUGCUUGCAUCUAGAUAAAGGGUUAUGCAUGUGAGCUAUAAUGAUUUCUUUGAAUUUGAAGGGGCCAUAUUAAUCACAUAUUUAUAAGUGUAUGAAUUAUAAAUAUUGCUUUGUAUUUGAAAGGGACAUAUUAAUCUCAUAUUUUGUCUGUUUUAUGGGGGAAGUUUUGGGUAGAUUACAUAUUAAUGUCCUGUAAUUAGUUGCAUUUCUGCUUUUGUCAUUUUUUUUGGAGUGGAAUCAGAGCACUUACUACUUGAGGUUUGCAUUGUUGCUAUGCUGUUUAUUAGAGGCAAAGUUGAACUGUAAGCAAUGAUUCGUUAAAAGUUUCCCUUCAUGUCAGUAUGUGUGGUCCUAAGAUAUGCAUUUUUGGUUAAUUUCAACGAUCUAAACAACCUUUUUGUCCCAAUAGUACUCUCUUCUCCCUUUCAGGAUCUUCAGAAUAACAGACUAUGAACAAAGAGCAUUUCACGUAAAGAGCAUUUAAUAUUUUACUUUCCCUCAUUAUCCCGUGUUUCUGUAAUAUACAAAUAAUAAUGAUUUUGGAAUGGGCCAUCAUGUAAAACAAUGAAGAAAAGUGUAAUCCAGCCUUUUUUUUUUUCCCAAAAUUUGUGCAGUCUCUGAAAGUUAAUCAUUAUGGCCAGGGAAAGCAAUCUAUCCUUAGGUCCCUUUUUGGCUCUUCUGUCAAAUCACCAUGUAUAAUCUUUAAAAUAUAAACAAAUACUAAAAUUAUGAGGUUAACUACCUUAUUUUAUCCUAAAUCUAUGCAAUUGCCGAAUGCAAGAAAUCACUUCCAUAGUUUUUGAAACAUUAUCAAACUGAAUAAAGUUUCUGCUAUCUUGUUAACAUUUGAACUUGUCACUAUUAAAUUUAAAAUAAAAAGUAACCAUGAGCAACAAACUAUGGGGAACUCUAAGGCUUUUCUUUUUUUUCCUUUUCAUUUUUAAUGGAGAAAGAGUGGAGUGGAAACAUUUUGCGGGCAAUCACUUAAGCUCAUUGGAAGAUUGCUUUGAUUAUGUUUUGAAAUUUAUAUCUUGUACAAAAUUAUGUAUUUCAAAAUGAAGUGCUUGCUAGUUUGCUUAUUUUGCAUUUCAUAUUAGUGAUAAGGACAACUUACUCUGCCCAUAAGAUGGUGUUUGGUUUGAAUUUUCCGAUAAAGCCUCCUAAGAGUGAAAAAGGGGUAUGAUGAUAUCUUCCUAAUUCUCUGGUGCUCACUAUGAAACUCCGCUUACAUUUCUUACUGCAGGUGGAAUUUCCAAGAAACAUUGACCUAACUCCAAUUGAAUUCCCAAGUUUGCAGCAGCCUAUAGAAAAUGAACUUCUAGGGAAGAAUGAUCAUAGCAACUCAGAACCUGAAGAAUCAAGCAUGGAAUCAACUCUUACUAUCGAUAAUUGUGAGAAUAGUCAGAAGUUUCAUGUGGAUGAACCUUAUCCAAUGAUUUCUUUUGAAGAAUCAGAAACUACCCCAGUUCAUAUAAACGUUACCAGACAGCCAUCUCCUCCUCCUGUACUUGCAGAAGUACAGGAUUUAGUUAAUGCAAUAUCUCCCCAGGUGACAGAGACAGAUUGUAGAAUAGAGAACCCCUUGGCAGAUGGUCUUGUUCAUUCUGAAUCUCCUCUACAGUUGCACAUUGCAACAAUGAUGAUGGAAAGCUUCAUGAAGCUGGCUAAAUCAAAUACCUAUAGGAAUUUAGAAACUUGUGGUGUCCUCGCAGGUUCACUUAAAAAUAGAAAGUUCUAUGUUACCACUCUUAUUAUCCCUAAGCAGGAAUCAACAUCUGACUCGUGCCAAACGACAAAUGAGGAGGAAAUAUUUGAAGUACAGGCUAAGAAAUCUCUCUUCCCCCUCGGGUGGAUUCAUACGCAUCCUACGCAAUCAUGUUUCAUGUCAUCAAUUGAUCUUCAUACUCACUACUCAGUACCAGAUUAUGUUGCCAGCAGCUGUAGCAAUAGUAAUGGCGCCAAGAGAUUCGUCAAGAAAACAAGGCAUUUUUCGUUUGACAACUCCGGGUGGCAUGUCUGUCAUCAGACAGUGCCAGCAACGUGGCUUUCAUCCACACGAUGGACCUCCUGAUGGGUGCCCCAUUUACAAUUCCUGUACAGAUGUGUAUAUGAAUCCUAAUCUGAACUUUGACGUCAUCGAUCUUCGAUGGUAACAAUCAUGGCAUCUCGAGGAACAUGUUUUGCCAAUGCAAUGGUUGAUUUACCAUGCGCAUAAUGUAAAACAAUUUUGCAAUUAGAGUUGCACAAAGUGUAAAAUGUUCCUGGUUGUAUAAAGGUUACGAGACUGUUGAGAAACACUAUUUGCAUAUUUAGGAAAUACAAAAUUAGAAACCCGCAUUUGGGGGAAAAAGAAUCAAGAGGCUUUGGAUUCUAUUCUUUAUGUAUUAAACAAGAGAGUUUCUUAUUCAUUUGAAGUUGAAUUGGAGUCAUUCUGACCCUAAUUUUCUUAUAUGCAUGUUCUUCUCUAGGAUUUUGCAAGAGAUUUAAGGAAUGGAAAGGAAAGGACGAAAAGCAACUUGUAUCGGGCGGCAAACAAGAUGAAAAACAAUAUCAAGAUUGAAAUGAGGUCCGAAGAUUUCUGAAAUAUCAAAGAGCAACAGUAAAAAAGCAGAAAUAACAUCUCUAAGAAGA